CCGGAAGUUGCCUCUCGGACUGAACCCGCCUCUUCCUGUCAGAGUGAAGCUCUUCUUCUUCUUCAGUAUGGCAGGCUGCGCGUGGAGGUCAAUGCUGUCCCAGGUGGUGGUGGGGGCCAAGAGGCCCACCCUCUCUUCAGCUGCCUUCUUCUCCAGAGGGAUGCAGACUGUGACUCUGAUUCCUGGAGACGGGAUUGGACCGGAGAUCUCCAGCGCCGUCAUGAAGAUCUUUGAGGCUGCCAAGGCUCCCAUCAGGUGGGAGGAGAGGAACGUGACGGCCAUUAAAGGACCAGGAGGAAGGUGGAUGAUCCCUCCAGAUGCUAAGGAGUCCAUGGACCGCAACAAGAUCGGCCUCAAAGGACCCCUGAAGACGCCCAUCGCUGCCGGCCACCCCUCCAUGAACCUGCUGCUGAGGAAGACCUUCGACCUUUACGCCAACGUGCGGCCGUGCGUCUCCAUCGAAGGCUACAAGACUCCCUACACCAACGUGGACCUGGUCACCAUCCGGGAGAACACCGAGGGAGAGUACAGCGGCAUCGAACAUGUGAUCGUGGAGGGCGUGGUCCAGAGCAUCAAACUCAUCACCGAGGACGCCAGCCGGCGCAUCGCCGAGUACGCCUUCGAGUACGCCCGCAACAACCAGAGGAGCAGCGUCACAGCCGUCCACAAGGCCAACAUCAUGCGAAUGUCAGACGGUUUGUUUCUGAGAAAAUGUCGGGAGGUUGCCGAGGGUUACAAAGACAUCAAGUUCACAGAGAUGUACCUGGACACCGUGUGCCUCAACAUGGUCCAGGAUCCGACCCAGUUUGACGUGCUGGUCAUGCCCAACCUGUACGGAGAUAUCCUCAGUGAUCUGUGUGCCGGUCUGAUCGGAGGACUCGGAGUCACUCCCAGCGGCAACAUCGGAGCUAACGGAGUCGCCAUCUUUGAAUCGGUCCACGGCACGGCCCCCGACAUCGCCGGUCUGGACAUGGCCAACCCCACCGCCCUGCUGCUCAGCGCCGUCAUGAUGCUGCGCCACAUGGGUCUCCAUGACUACGGCAACAAGAUCCAGACGGCCUGUUUCGACACCAUCAGAGACAAGAAGGUGACACACACAGACACACACAGUACACCAUAA